AUGUAUUCACUUGAUAACUAUGAUAACUAUGAUAUUAAUACACCACCCUUAUCAGCUCCCACUUCGCCAAAUGAUGACUUUACAAUAAGACAAAAAGCAGUCCUAUCGCUUAAAAAUUCACCUUUCGACACUCUGAAUCAUUUUUCCCUUCGCACACCUGAUCAAACACAUCAAUUUUCUCCAAAUAGCAAUCUAAAUUUUGAUCAUAAUCAACAAACAGAUUAUUUUCGUUCACAAUCGAAACAUUCAAGCAAAACGUUAUUAUAUGAACCUCUUCACGAAUUAGCUUGCUUAGAACGAAAUCAAUCAAAUGUAAGAUCGACUGUUCACAAGAAACCAUACAGCAUAAAUGGUGAUCCAAUAAACACUAGCACAGACAAUACAAAACUUUCCACAUGCUUCAACAACCAUGAAGUAGCAGGAAAAAUAACAAUCCAAACAGAGACAAAAUUAAGCACACUAGAAACGAAAACUCGGGAAAUGCAUGUUAUGAGAAAAAACAGUUAUUCACGCGUAAAACCAUAUCAAAAGAUUGCACCAAACAUAAAAGUGGAAGAUUCGUCUUGUUUAAUGAAAAUAAAUUAUCUAUUGAAUUCGCCAAUAGAUUCUUCUAGUUCUUCGACUACUAGUUCACAAAAUUCUUCAAAUAUGCAGAAAACAAAAAUUUCUAAAAUUAAACAUUUCGAUAAACCAAUUUCGGAAAGAAAACGAAAGAGCAAUAGCUUAGCUCGUGUGUUGCAGGAUCGUGGACUUUUAGAAUCAACAUUAAAUAUUACUUCAACAACAUUCACUGAAACAAAAUCCAUUCUCUUCCCGAAUUCGCCUAUAAUGGAGAUCGGGGAACUCAAGAAAAACAUUGAAGAUUUAAAUAUCGACAUGUCAUUGUUAGAUGAUACAAAUAUAAAUAUCAAAUGGAAGGGACAACCUCUCAAUAUUCAUCAUUUAACGCAUUAUUCUUGGUUGCAUCCAAAAGAAGCUCAUGUAACUUCCAUAUUACGCCUAACACCCAUACAAUAUUUAACUUCAAAAUAUAUCUUAGUUUCUUCCGCGAGACGUUACAUUGAAAAGAACUUACCAUUCCGUAAGAGCGACGCACAAAAAUUAUUAAGAAUAGACGUGAAUAAGGCAAGUAAACUUUGGGAAUUUUUUCAGCAAAUUAAAUGGAUCUAA